UCGGAACGUCGUUAGAACAGACGGUCGUUGUGAGCAGCGACCAAGAUAUAGAAAUAUGGAAGCGUUGUCCUGGAAGCCCGAAGAGCUCCACCUCUGGAUGAGUGCGCACGGAGAGGGAGGUUUCUGGACGCGCGCGCACACACGCAGGGCUCGCGUCCACGCACGCACACGCAUAUUAUUGCCUGCAACCUGCUCAUUCCUGUUAGAAUCUCAUACGCAGCCCGCGGGACUAAGUGGCCGUCGCUGAGACUGUUUAACUCCAGAAGGGCGGUUUUGGUCCGAGCGCAGGUGUGGGAAUCCUAUAUUUCGGGGAAUUGGCGCAGUCGUCUGCAUGAAAUGGCGUCUUUUCGUGGAGUUAUUAUGGUUUUAUUGGCGAACUUGUUAUCAAAGAGUGUAUUUUGACCGACUUCGCGCACAAUAAAGUUCACAUGGUGCACUUUAUCCCGAAGCACCGGGACACGCUACGGGAGUCAGAAAUGAGAGCGGGACCGACACUGUUGUGCGCGUUUAGCUUUAAGGACUGUUUCAAAUGGCUUGACGCACUCUUCACACUGCGUGUUCGCGUUUGAUCCGCGGUCGCGACAGAUCACCGCGCGCUCGGACGGACUUUGGUCCCCCCUUACGCACGCGCUGCUCUUGGAUAGGCGACUCGAGGACAGACCCGCUCGGGACCAUAGCUGGACAACACCAUGCCCGGCCGCUGGCUUGCCUUGGUCGGAUUGUGGUGGAGCGCUUAUUACUGCGCGUUCCCGGCCGCGGGAAGCAAUUACUCACUGGACGGGAACAACGACGUGCACCCGGGUUUCAUGCACCGGCGGCUGCGGACGCACGAGAAGAGGGAGAUGCAGAAGGAGAUCCUGUCCAUCCUCGGGCUACCGCACAGACCGAGGCCGCAUCUGUCACACGGAAAGUACAACUCGGCUCCGCUUUUUAUGCUGGACUUGUACAACACCAUGUCAGGAGAGGAGAAGAGCCCGGUGGAAGGCAUGGCCGACCGGUACCAGUCCAUGCGGACAACCCAGAGCCCCCCUCUGACCACAAACCAAGAAACUGCUUUUCUAAAUGAUGCGGAUAUGGUCAUGAGCUUCGUCAAUUUAGUGGAGCACGACAGGGAGCUGUCUCCGCAGCGGCGUCACCACAAGGAGUUCAAGUUCAACCCCUCGCAGAUCCCCGAGGGCGAGGCCGUCACGGCGGCGGAGUUCCGCCUCUACAAGGAGUGCGUGAGCCUGGCCUUCCACAACGACACCUUCCUGCUCAAGGUCUACCAGGUGCUGAAGGAGCACCCUGACAGAGAGGCGGACCUGUUCCUGCUGGAGUCGCGCAGGUUAUGGGCCGCUCAGGAGGGGUGGCUGGAGUUCGACAUCACCGCCACCAGCAACCUGUGGGUGAUGAGCCCGGUCCACAACCUGGGCCUGCAGGUCAGCGUGGAAACCAGCAGCGGACAGAGCGUCAGCUUCAAGGAGGUGGGGCUCCUGGGCCGGGCCGGGCCCCUGGAGAAGCAGCCGUUCAUGGUGGCCUUCUUCAAAGUCAGCGAGGUGCGGGUCCGCGCGGCCCGUUCCACCGGGGGCAAACGCCGGCAGCAGAACCGCAACCGAUCCACGCAGCCGCAGGAGGGAUCCAGAGGGCCGGGCCCAGCAGAUUAUAACAGCAGCGAUCAGAAGACGGCGUGCAGGCGACACGAGCUCUACGUCAGCUUCAGCGAGCUCGGCUGGCAGGACUGGAUCAUUGCUCCCGAGGGCUACGCGGCCAACUACUGUGAUGGAGAGUGCUCCUUCCCCCUCAACGCACACAUGAACGCCACCAACCACGCCAUUGUGCAGACACUGGUACACCUGAUGAACCCAGAGAACGUCCCGAAGCCAUGCUGCGCCCCCACCAAGCUGCACGCCAUCUCCGUGCUCUACUUCGACGACAACUCCAACGUCAUACUGAAGAAAUACAAGAACAUGGUGGUGCGGGCCUGCGGCUGCCACUGACGCCGGCCGACGACCUGGAAAGCUUAAAGGCGUAAAGAUGGGCUGGCAAAGGGCUGUGGAGGCACCAGUGACUCCUGGGUGAGGUAGACUUCAAGCAGAACCCGGUUUCUGGCCCAAAGGAUUAUCCACCUUUUAAGAUCUGCUUCCACCGCUACAACGGAAACCUCGGUCUGAGAGAACAAGAGGGGUUUGAGGUAAAAUGAGCGGACGGUUGUCACCUAGAGGCAACUUUACCCACUGAGCCCCCGUCAUCUGCUCCUUCGGCUGUGGAGAGGUGUCUUCACUUCAUGAAUGCCUGUGUGUGCGCAUGGUGCACGAAGGAGAGUCACAGUCUGUAUAUCACGUGUUUAUGAAGAGGCUGCUGCAGCUUCUCCCUGAGAGGCCGAGGGCCUCACUGAAGAGUUGUGGGGCCGGUCAGAGUGCUGCUUUACGUUCUCUUCUCCUCUCAUAAAAAAAGAACUAGUUCUUAGAGGAGGUUUGAAUAACUUCGCAUCUACAGAACACGACCCUGGAUGGUAGUCGCAGCAAGCCAAGCCGUCAAUGACAUCACCUGGUCAAAUGACAGGAAACAUGUCGAAAUGUUUGUCAGGUGGGCAAAUACAAACCUAGCCUUCGGUGUCAGUCUAAUACUAAAUGAAUAAUACAUUGGAGUUAGUAGAUUCAUAUUUCCUUCGUCUUUUUUUUCACAAGCCAUAUUUGCCUUCCUAAAAUAUAAUAUGAACUGAACCAAAGUGACCACAGACUAUUUUAGUAGUGCACGACUCCAAAUAUCGUCCGUGUCAAUAUUUGCCAGGCUCACGUUGAGCUGCGAUUCACCAGGCUGAUUCAACACGAAGCGCGUCGCGGCUGGACUCCUGUUUUUUCUCAGAAACACGGAAGAAUACGGCCUUAUCCCUCCGACGCACCGCACUUCCACGUCGCUGUACUCGCAGAGUUCACAAACGUUUCCACCCCUGACAACCCAUCAAGAGAUCGUGGAAAAAACAUUUAGCCAGUCAAAAACAGCCGUCACGUCGGGUUCGACAUCAAGUUUCUUUUAUUUCUUUUUCAACCCUGAAGGUAGAAUUGAUGGAGAUCUGUGUCCAGUGGCGACAUCUUUGUUACUGUGAGCUUUGAAUGACUUUGGGUCUUUUUUUAGAGUGUAUUUUAAUGGCAAACUAAUACCAGUAAGAAUCAAAGUAGCUUGUGUGCCUAACCAUCAUAAAUUACAAAAUAUACCUCUGGUAAGCUGCUGUUUACAUUUGUGAUCAUGUUUAGACUGUUUUCUGUAAAUACUUGUACAUUCUCAGCUUAUUUAUUGCACCUUUUAUUAAAAACAAAAUCACAUACCGUAUUAACAGACAGAUGCAAGAACAAAAUGAAAGUACAAACUUAUUUUUGAAAAAGUAUGAAAUCUCAUGUUACAAUUUGCUUUUACUCAGCCUUUUGUACAACAAACAAAUGGGCAGUGCACAACCCAAGAAAAACACAAAGCACUGUCACUGGAGUUUUUAGACUAUGUACUAUCCAUAAAAACUUUUACUUUGACAAACAAAACCUGUUGUGUCUGACUGUUUGUGUACGUGGGUUAGAAAAUAGAUAAAGUUCUUGAUGCACAGAGCUUUUAACCUGGCUCGAAGAACAUGAGCAAAAGUUGGGUUAGUCAUCAACAGACUAACAAAUGUCAGUUUUAUUAUUAAAAGCAAUGCUUAAAAAACCAGACCAAUAAUGCUCUUUUGGAGUGCAUUUAGUAAUCAAUGUCCAGUUCACUGGAGAGAAUUGAAACCCAGCAGUAGGUGUGUUGCAACAUAUUUCAUUUAGGUCUUUGAUUGUUAUGAUGGCCUAGAAAUCUAGAUCUAGAAAUAUUAUUUGACCAGGAGCAGCUGUACGAAGCUGCUAUACCCUGUAUUCAAUCAAAAAAGGUCACAAAUCACAACGACCACCUGACCCUGAGCUGGAGUUUGUAAGAGUUUUCACAGAUACUUUGUCUAACCACAGAAGACUGAUUGUAAAAUAGCAACAUGACCAAGCCAAAAAAAAAGUUGAGUAAGCAUUUAGUGCCCCAAUCCAAGUAGAAUAUUCUCCUGUGCAAGAAAAAUAAUUUCUUCAUUCUAUUAAUAAAACUACCCACAAGCCUUUUCUGCUGCACCAGCUGGUUCCCCAACACUGACAAAAUCCAACCCCAGUUUGAGAAUUAUAGCACUAAUUUUUGCAUUCACAUUUUUGUGCUACACUGAAGAGAACAUAACAUUUCACGCCAAAAAGACAAUAAACCAGAAGUAAUUAUAGAAAUUUAAAGCAACAUGGGUCAGGCCUGAGAUCCUUAAAGCCAAAUGUAGAGGGAUAAGUCAGUUAGAAUGUGCCCUGUCCAGGUCAGUUACAACAUUAGGAGUAAAAUAAUGUUGCGGCUGUUAUACAGGAAUGGGAAGAUUUUUUUUUUGUUUGACUGGACCAUAAGAUCUUUAACAUUUUUGUGACAUUACAAAAAAAAAAACAAAGUAA